AUGGCGAUUCCCGCAGACAUCCUCGUUGCGAAUGCGACGGGGAGGAUCCCCGAGAGCAUUACCUUGUCGUAUCUGGCAGAGUCGCGGGAUCACUCGGCAAUUGUGGGAAUCAUUUUCAUGGUCUGCUUUGCCGGCUUGCUCAUGCUUUUGCGCCUGUAUGCCCGACUGUUUCUGGUUAAGAAACUUGGUCUGGACGAUGCACUGGCCGUUCUCACCAUGACUGUUUAUAUCGUCUUUGUCGUUCUUUCCAUCAUUUUGAUCAAUAUGGGCAGUGGCCGUCAUAUCGAAUACAUCCAAUAUGUGCUUCCCCUGCCCACCGUCCGCGAAACCGAAGUCGUCGACUUCGUCGCUCACAUUCUCUACACGACCGCCCUGUUCCUUUGCCGACUAUCCGGUCUCGCAUUCUACUUCCGCAUUAGUGCGCGCUCAAGCAAGCUCAGAAUAGGCAUUAUAUCGGUGGCCGGCCUCAUCACCGCCGCCUACCUACCCCAGAUCUUCCUUUUGAUCCUGCACUGCAACCCCGUCACCGGCCUCUGGCCCUAUCCCUGGCAAGUCGAGCCAAUAAAUUACCAGUGUCUCUCGUGGGGACUGGUCUACUCGGUGAACUCGGGCGUCUCGCUCGCCUGUGAUGUGAUGAUGUUUAUCAUCCCGGGGAUUUUGAUCAAAGAACUCCACGUCCCCUUAGAAAAGAAGAUCAAACUCUCCAUCGUCAUGUUCCCUGGUGUCUUCGUCAUCGUCAUCUCUGCCGUCCGCGUCUGGCUUGUCGUCGUCGGGCAAUGGGCGGCGGACGGGAGCUGGGCCUACAAUCCCAUGCUGUGUGUCGAAAACGCCGAAAUCUCCAGCACUUUGAUCGCCCUUUCCGUCCCAGCCCUGAAGCCCCUGUUCGGAAACCUCUUCAGCCGUCUGACCGAGUACACCUCCAGCCAUACUCAUUCACAAUCCGUGCGCGGUCGAUUGCGCAGCCGAUCGAUGGCGAUGAGUGGUGUCGGUUCAAAGACGCGGAAUGAUAAGCGGCUUCUGAGCUGGUCGAAACUCGGCCACGACGACUAUGAGAUGAUGUCCUCGGAUAUUUCGGUGACACGCGAAGGACACCGCUCGUAA